UGCAAGUCGGGGAGACAUGGCAUGAAUACAACCUUAUACUGUUGAGACGAGCUUUACUGUCCGCGCGUUGGAAACUUAUUUUGGAACUCCUUCCACCACCGUUUCAAUUCCAGCUUGUGGACACUGAGAGGUUUACCCGAAAACUUAGUCCAAAAAAAAAAAAAAGACGAAAAGAGCUCCUGAAGUCCGUAAAGUCACACGCCGCUAUUUGGCUCCCAAAACGAGCCUGUUGGUGCGUUUGCUUCAAACAAGGAUACGCUGGUGGACAUGUGAAUUUCUAAGGAGAUAACCCGCAAGCACAACAAUGAAACAAGCGACUGUCCUGCGUUGCAUCGACUUUUUCCUGACUUGCUGCUUGUUUGGGUCGAGCUCGUCACAAUCAGUAUGUGCUGGCACAGAGAACAAGCUGAGUACGCUGUCAGACCUGGAGCAGCAGUAUCGCACCCUGAGGAAGUACUACGAGAGUUGUGAAGUCGUAAUGGGCAACCUCGAGAUCACAAGCAUUGACCACAGUCGGGACCUCACUUUCCUCAGAUCUAUUCGAGAAGUGACAGGCUACGUGUUGGUGGCUCUGAACCAAUUUGACUACUUGCCUCUGGAGAACCUGAGAAUCAUUCGAGGGACUAAGCUGUACGAGGACCGCUACUCGCUUGCGAUCUUCCUCAACUACAGACAUGAUGGAAACUUCGGCCUGCGUCAGCUGGGUCUGAGGAACCUCACAGAGAUCCUGAGUGGCGGUGUGUAUGUCGACCAAAACAAGUUCUUGUGUCACGCGGACACCAUUCAUUGGCAGGACAUUGUCAAAAAGUCAGGCCUGUAUCCUGUGGUGGUGCCCAGCAACAGCAGUGUAACAUGUCAGAAAUGCCAUCGCUCCUGCAAUGGCCGUUGCUGGGGACCCAAAGAGGACCAAUGUCAAAGCUUAACUAAGACAGUGUGUGCUGAGCAGUGCGAUGGCCGUUGUUUUGGUCCCUAUGUGAGUGACUGCUGCCAUCGUGAGUGUGCAGGUGGCUGCUUUGGUCCAAAGGACACUGACUGCUUUGCUUGCACAAACUUUAACGACAGUGGGGCUUGUGUGACCCAGUGCCCCCAGCCUUUUGUGUACAACCCCACCACCUUCCAGCUGGAACACAACCUCAGGGCAAAAUACACUUAUGGAGCCUUCUGCGUCAAGAAGUGUCCGCAUAACUUUGUGGUGGACCAGAGCUCCUGUGUGAAAGCAUGUCCCAGUAACAAGAUGGAGGUGGAGGAGAACCGUAUCAAGAUGUGCAUCCCUUGUACUGACAUCUGCCCAAAAGCAUGCGAUGGCAUUGGCACUGCUAGUCUACAGACGGCUCAGACGGUCGACUCAAGUAACAUCGACAAGUUUGUCAACUGCACCAAAAUAAACGGAAAUUUGGUUUUUCUCAUCACUGGAAUCAAAGGGGAUGUCUACCAUAACAUUGAGGCUUUGGACCCAGAAAAACUGAAUGUGUUUCGCACUGUUCGGGAGAUUACAGGCUUUCUGAACAUCCAGUCUUGGCCCGACAACAUAACAGACUUGAGUGUUUUCAGCAACUUGGUUACAAUCGGGGGAAGAUCUCUCUACAGUGGAAUCUCCCUGCUGGUGUUAAAGCAGCACGGCAUCUUAUCGCUUCAACUUCAGUCUCUCCGAGAGAUUAGUGCCGGGAAUGUCCACAUUGCAGAGAACAGCCAGCUGUGUUUCUACAACACGGUCAAUUGGACUCGACUGUUCCGUGCUGCCAACCAGAAAGCCUUGACUCGCAAUAACAGAAGCCCACUGGAGUGCACCAAGGAGCAUAUGGUGUGCGACCCUCUGUGUUCCAAUGCCGGGUGUUGGGGUCCUGGCCCAGACCAGUGUCUGUCUUGCAGGGACUUCAGAAGGGGACAAACUUGUGUGGAAAACUGCAACCUGUAUGAAGGGGAGGUUCGAGAAUACGCCAACGGGUCGGUGUGUGUGGAGUGUGAUGCCCAAUGUGAACGAGCUGACGACGACUCUUUGACCUGCCGCGGUCCGGGCCCAGAGCAUUGUGUGAAAUGCCUUCAUUUUAAGGAUGGCCCUAACUGUGUGGAAAAGUGCCCUGACGGCCUGCAAGGAGCCAACAGUUUUAUCUUCAAGUAUGCAGAAAGCAACAAUGAGUGUCAUCCUUGCCAUGCCAACUGCACACAAGGGUGCACUGGACCAAGACUUCAAGACUGUAUUGGCUGGAUGGACAGAACCCCUCUGAUCGCAGCAGGGGUGAUCGGCGGCCUCUUCAUGGUGGUUAUCAUUGUGCUGAGCGUGGCAGUGUCUGUGCGCCGGAAGAACAUCAAAAAGAAAAGGGCCCUUCGUCGCUUCCUGGAGACAGAGCUGGUGGAACCUUUGACACCCAGUGGGACAGCACCUAACCAAGCUCAGCUGCGCAUUCUGAAAGAGACAGAACUGAAAAGGGUCAAAAUCCUUGGUUCAGGGGCUUUUGGGACUGUUUACAAGGGGAUUUGGGUUCCAGAGGGCGAAACAGUCAAGAUACCCGUUGCCGUUAAAAUCCUAAAUGAAGCCACGGGACCAAAGGCCAACGUGGAAUUUAUGGACGAGGCCCUGAUCAUGGCCAGCAUGGAGCACCCUCACCUGGUGCGUUUGCUGGGUGUCUGCUUGAGUCCCACCAUACAGCUGGUUACGCAACUGAUGCCUCACGGGUGCCUCCUCGAGUACGUCUACGAGCAUAAGGACAACAUCGGAUCCCAGCUGUUGCUCAACUGGUGUGUCCAGAUUGCCAAGGGGAUGAUGUAUCUGGAGGAGCGUAGGCUGGUCCACAGGGAUCUGGCAGCUCGCAAUGUCCUGGUGAAAUCUCCCAACCAUAUCAAGAUCACCGACUUUGGCUUGGCCCGCCUGCUCGAUGUUAAUGAGAAGGAAUAUAAUGCAGACGGAGGCAAGAUGCCCAUUAAGUGGAUGGCCCUGGAGUGUAUUCACUACCGGAAGUUUACGCAUCAGAGUGAUGUUUGGAGUUAUGGAGUAACAAUAUGGGAGCUCAUGACCUUUGGAGGGAAACCAUAUGAUGGAAUUUCAACCAGAGAUAUUCCAGACCUACUGGAGAAAGGGGAGCGCCUCCCACAGCCGCCCAUCUGCACCAUUGAUGUCUAUAUGGUGUUAGUCAAAUGCUGGAUGAUCGAUGCAGAUAGCCGACCCAAGUUCAGAGAGCUGGCAGCAGAGUUCACAAGGAUGGCCCGUGAUCCACAGAGAUACCUCGUCAUUCAGGGGGAUGACCGUAUGAAGCUGCCCAGCCCCAGCGAUAGCAAGUUCUUCCAGAGUCUCCUGGAUGAAGAGGAGUUGGAAGACCUGAUGGAUGCUGAGGAGUAUGUGAUGCCCCACACCCUCAAUGCCCCACCUUUGACGUACACUUCACAAACACGCUUGGACCCCAGCAAGAUCGGCUACCAGGACCCGAAUUUUAUUCGGCAAGACACGCUAGCCACCCUCCCCAGAGUUCCCCCUGUGACUGGAGCCUGCAUUGUGUCCCAAGAUCCGGCCUUGGGAGGACAGAGUGGUGGUGGAUUUGUCCGUGCCAAACAUGAGGAUCCGCGGUGUAAUGGCACCCUGAGGAAACAGGCCUCUCCGAGAUCAAGUGUCCUUGUGGCUGGCUCAGCCCUCACUGCAGGACAAGGUGGGCGAGAGGACUGCAGUGGGCAGCGUUACAGCACCGACCCAACGGCUUUCCUGGCAGAACGAGGAAGCAAAGGAGAGAAGGAACAGGACACGUACUCAACUGCCAAGAAGAGUUCAGACUACAUCAACCCUGUAGAGGAAAACCCUUUCAUUACACGUCGGAGGAAUGGUGAAGCCCAUGCAGUGGUUGAUGGAGCAGGCUGCCACACUCUGCAUAUGACAGGAGCUGCUUCUGCUUCUGCGGCUACCGCCGCUGCAGCUGCCUCCAAUAGCCACUGCAGCCACAGGAACGAUGAGUAUGUCAACGAGCCACUUUACCUGAAUACCUUUCUUAACCCCGGAGACAAGAACGCAUUAGCUUCUGCGGUUUCCUUCUCUCUCCCGGGGACCUCCGCUGCCCAGACAGUAUCACAGACAGUCAACAAAUCAACGUCGAGCCACGCAGCCGCCUCCUCCGGAUAUGUGCUUGCCCCCGCUCACCUCCCACACCCGUACCCAUCACACACCCUGCAUCCGGGGCAUUCGGGACAUGCGAUGCACUCAGGCAUUACAGGUGGCACCAUCAUGUUUGAUAAGAAAAGCAAGAAGGCCACUUUUGACAAUCCCGAAUACUGGCAGCACAGUCUCCCCCCGAAAACAUCUCUGCACAAUCCGGAGUACCUGCAGGACUGCAGCACACGCUUCUUUUACCGACAGAAUGGACGCAUUCGCCCUGCUGUUGCCGAAAACCAGGAAUACUUGUCCGAGGCGGCUAUGAAAGCCGGUAAUGUGUUACCGCCCCCUCCCUACAGACAGAGGAACACUGUGGUGUAGUCACCCACCUGUAGCACAUGAAAAAGAGGGGGGAAAGUAGAGGAGAAUGAACCUGGAGCUACCCUCGCAUCGCCAAACAGUGUUUCUCAAACUCCUUGCACCCUGUGUGGACUUCUCUUUGUGAUUUCAUUUUGACUGUAAGACUGAGCCACACACAACUCAUCCAGCCCUUUUCUAACCACAAUCCAUAGGGUUUCUUUGUCUUCAGAAGUGACACGUCCAGACAUUAGGAUAGUAGCACCAGUGAAACAGUAUUUAAACCUUGAUUAAUAUAGCAGGAACCGUACCAAGACAGUGGAUAGCCCAAAGAGAGGAUUAUUGCCAUGAAUUUACAUAUAUUAUACUUUUUCUGAAUACUACCCAGUUGAACUCGCUCACGGCUGCAAGUGCACGUUGGCAUUGCUUGUGUGUAGCGCGAGAAACUGAUGCAAGCCCGCAGAGUUAUGUCGUGACUCGGCGGCAAAAAGUUGCAGUCAUGGUAAAGAGCCCAGAUGUUUCAAACCCACGCACUUCUUUCACAUGUUGUUGCGCCAGUCACGGAAUUGAAAUAUUUAUCACAUGCCGCUCAUAUCAUUCUUUUACACGUGUGCCGCCAGCCUUGACACACCUGUGUAAUUACCAAACAUGAAUUCAUGUAAGUAAAUACAUUCACCUUGUCAGAUAAACCCUCUGCCAGUUGAAAUGUAUUCUGCAAGGGAAGCACUGUUAACCUUCAGACGGAAGACACUGUCUGUACAGUAUAUAAAGGCACAGGUCCAGUGCACAGAAAGGGUCGUCACUGAAUAAAUGUCACAGCAGUUUUAUGGAACCUGGUAGAAAGUGUAAAUGUGAAUGUUGCUUGUAUGUUUUGUUACAUUUGUUGUCAAUCCAGUCUGAUAAACAGAACCGUUAGCAUCGUUAACACCUUUAACCGCACCUUUGUGCCGACUUAGGCUGGAUUUACACUACAGGUCAGUUGAAAAAGAAUUUACAUUUUGCACUGUUGGAUCUUAAGGAGGUUCUAAAUGCAAAAAGAAGAAAUGGGAGUAAGACAUUUUUUUUUGGAGUAAUGAAUUUAUUGCAAACAAGCAUUAAAGUGAAAUAGGCUGUUCAUCAGCAGGUCAAAGG